GCGCUGUUCGCCGGUUGCUCUCAUCUUUGCGCCGACAACAUCCGCCCCGGCUACCGUUGGUGGCAGGCGCUAAGUGCGGUGUUUCUAAUAGCUAAACACCCUCAGCUGAUUUAAAAACAAAAAGCAUGGAAAAGGAGGCAGACACUGGCGUUUCUUCGCGUACGGAGAGGAAAGCUUUGGAAAAGGCCAAAAUACUUCAACGAGAACGCGAGAGGAAGAUAUUUAGACUGGUUGCACGAGUCCUGAAGAAACCGGAGGCUGAUCGGUCGGAGGAGGAGGCGGCUGUGUUACUGCUGCACGGAGAAACUGCGGAGGAGCUCUGCAAGCGACAAGUCCGCACAAAUGUGCUCAAGAGGAAGCAGGAGGAGAUGUUUGAUGAUGCUGAUGAGCUGAAGAGUAAAGUCAGACAGCUCGCUGUGGCAGUCAAACAAGCAAAACAUCUGGUGGUAUACACCGGAGCCGGGAUCAGUACGGCAGCUUCUAUCCCAGACUACAGGGGGCCUAAUGGUGUGUGGACACAGCUACAGAAGGGACGGACAGUCAGUUCAUCUGACCUGAGUAAAGCCGAGCCGACCCUCACGCACAUGUGUGUUAGGAUGCUACAUAAGGAAAAGCUGGUACAGCAUGUCGUGUCUCAAAACUGUGAUGGACUUCACUUGCGCAGUGGUCUGCCCAGACAUGCCCUGUCUGAGCUUCAUGGAAACAUGUUCAUUGAGGUAUGUACAUCCUGUUCCCCGGUCAGGGAGUACGUGCGCUUGUUUGACGUGACGGAGCGGACGUCGCUGCACCGCCAUGGGACAUGCCGCAGGUGCAGCCACUGUGGUAGUGAACUCAGGGACACCAUAGUGCACUUUGGGGAACGAGGAACUCUAGAGCAACCUCUCAACUGGAAGGGAGCUGCAGAGGCUGCCAAGAUGGCGGAUGUUAUCCUCUGCCUAGGCUCCAGUCUGAAGGUGCUGAAGAAAUACGCUUGUCUGUGGUGCAUGAACAGACCAGCAAGCAAAAGGCCCAAACUCUACAUUGUCAACCUCCAGUGGACACCAAAAGAUGAUCUGGCUGAGCUGAAAAUUCAUGGCAAGUGUGAUGAGGUAAUGAGUCUCCUAAUGGACGAGCUGAACAUUCAGAUUCCUGUAUAUGACAGGUUAGAGGACCCUAUCUUUAGUCUAGCCACACCUUUGCGGCUAGAAGAGGUCGACAGCCAUUCUCGUGAGAUCAUAUCUCCCCUUGAUGGGCGGGAGGACUGCUUACCUGACUCAAGAGAGCAGGCAGAAGAAGCCACAGCUGUGCAGGGUGGCUGGUUUGGAAGAGGCUAUGGCAAAGGAAGAAAGAAAAAGAAAAAAGCUGCAUGAUCAAGACACAUGCAGAUGUGGUUGACGUGUGUGAAGUAAUCAAUCAAUCCCAAAAAGGGAUUCAAAUUGCAGUCCCGUAAUUGAGGACGAGUUGGACUUUAGUCUUGUGGGUGUGGGAAACACACGUUUGAGUAUUUGCUAUUUGAAAAUGAGGUUUCCUCCACAAUGUGUUUUCAGCUUUAAUCCAGACAGUAAAAAAAGGAUACCAGUAGUAACUAGUUUUGACUAAAAAAAAAAAAAAAAAAGUUUUAAAACCAUUCCUGCAGCAUUAUCAUUUUUCUGCUGUCCCUCUGUAUGGUCAGUAUGUCACUAGUUUUGCUUUGCCAGACCUUCCACCACAGAGCUGCGGACGAGGGUCUGGCUAGUCCAUACAGCAUUCUGGGAUGAGAUGAAAACGUGCUCUGGUUUAUUGGUAUAUCUUUAAACCAAUCACAGUCCUUAUGGGCGUAUGCUAAGCACUGGGCAGAGCCUCGGUGCCGCUGCAAAAUAGCCUCGGGAGAGAACUUGUUUUGGUAGAACGUGCACGUUCAAAAGUUGUUUCAGUCAUGCAACAGAAAACUCAGAAUGGACGGAUAGUCCAGCUAACUGUCUGGAUUCACCCUGCAGAGAUCUGAGGAGCAGUGACCCAUAGUUCUUAUAAACCAACCUGAGUUUGAAAUUUCUGGCGACAAUGGAGCAAUCCUGGAAGAGGAAUGUCAUGGAUAUAGACUAGUAUGUCACAAACGCUAUUAUUUUAAAUGACACAGUAUUUUUCAUUCAUCUUUGAAACCCACAGGAGGUGAAUGUUCCUCUGGAGAUUAUAUAUUUAGGGGUGGAGUAGCACUUUAACCGGAGUUACAGUUGUGUUUUCACCAAGUUGGUAUUGGUGCAAUGCAGUAAAUAAUUUGUAAAUAAUUGCAAGAUGCUGCUGGUUUGAGCAUUAGCUAGACAUUAAUAGACAUUAAGAUACAGGUUUCUAAAGUGUACGUUACUGUACGUGGGACUUAGUGUUUACAAGUAGCAAAUGCCAGUAGAACAGCAGCAGCAAACCAACCCUUUUUUUUGUUUCGGUGCUACCACAGUUUAAGAUAUUCAGGAGGUCAAAAACUUUUUAAUAUAUUAGAUUAAAAUAUAUUUUUGUACUUUUUUCAGAUGUUUAAAACUUGCGUUGUUGAAUGUACCUUUUUUUUAACACAAUGGCUUAUUUGUUUUUAUUUUAACCGUAUUUUGGUUAACUUUUAUUUCCUGAACUCACCACCAAUCUUUAUCUGCUGUCCUCCAUCCUCAGGUUUGCAGGUUAGGUAGUACAGCUACUACUGUACCUCAGUUUACUUAAGUUGAAUUUGCGUUUACAUAUUUAUUUUUGUUGGUGAUUUUUUUUUACUUACAUUUUUGAUUAGUUUUUAGUUAAUGUAAGUUACUGUUUCUUAAGUGAUUGGAAACUCCAAAUGUGUCUCUAUUAACUUGUCUCAGGUAGAUACAGUGUUAUUAUUAAUCUCAUCCUGUACAUUAUAAUAGGAGAAGGUAUUACAGGCCAGACUAAUGACCAGAAGUAGUGUUCAGCACUCC